UUCACUUUCACUCUCGUUUAGUUGACUUCGAAUGUUAUGCGUGACCCAUACGUCUUCCCAUUCUGACAACGCUAAUUGAGACGCGUCUUAAAUUUUUCUCUGUUUUUUUUCCGUGGACAAAAAAUGCAAGUUUUUCUUUUAAUCUUUCUCGCUGUAAUCGCGAUGACGAUCGCUGAGGAGGAUGCAGCCUGGGCGUGGAAGGAUGAUGAUAAACAAAAGGAAGGCCGAGCCGCUGAUGCCAGGUAUCAAGUGUACGAGCCUGCGGAACAUUUGGGAGGUCUCAAUGGCGCUCAAUUAGGCUUUAGACCUCAGAACUCAGGACCUUACGGACCUAACAGCAGACCGAUCAUACCGGGAUAUCCGGGAAAUAACGGUGUUCUCGUUGGUCCUGGUGGACCGACCGGAAUAAUUGGCAGACCACCUCGUUUUGAGCUGCAUGGAACUGACGGUAUUCUCGAUUCAGUGCCGCCGUGGAUCAGAAACGAUCCCCGUUAUCGCGAGUUCGACACUUGUAAAUGCAGAUACAGCUUCAACUGCCCGUCGCCCGGUUUGAAAUUCGGCCACUGCGCGAGAGAAAAAAAAUACUGCUGCUUCAACAGCAGAAGAUUCCCAGGACUGUUGGGAGGAGGACAUUAUCCAUAUUAUCCCGGCGCGCCGCACAAGUUCAGACCGAACGGUUUCUCGCCGACAUCGAAUUAUUACGGCAAUCGAAGACCGCACGGUGGUUUCGAACAUCCGUCUUUCGGUGACUAUUACUCGGGAUCCUACGACGAUGCUUACGGUCACCGUAAUGAAUUCGAGUCGUACGAUGUUGACCCCGAUGAUUAUGCGAUCUACGGACGGUCGUUAGGCAAGAAUCAAACGCAGACGAGCGAGCAGCCGCAGAGGGAAGCCAGCAAGUAGUAACUGAACGAAUAAAUUCUCUCAUCGAUCAUAUCAUUUUUGACCGAUAUUUCUUCAUUCUCAAUGGAGAUGCCAAAGAUGUGUGACAGAAAUAUAUGUAUAUGUUUUGUUGUAUUGAGCAAUCGCAUUUGACGUAGAAUUAGAUAAGAUUCAAAUUGAAUUCGAAUACGAGUUUUUCGAAUCGACAGUUAACUUAAAUAAAACGAUAUGCGUGAUUUAUUGUAAGCGCGACUCGAUAAAUUUUCCACGAAAUUAUUAAUGCUUGACUAUUUGAUUAUUACAAUAGGAUGUGCAUCAGAUUCUGUUUGAAAGAUUAUCAGUGAUAUCGUAAUCACAUAAUAGCAUGAAAUUCGAAUAUCUGGCUACUAAUCGAUUACAUGCAUUUUUCAACACAAAGACAUAGUGCCAGAAUGUUAAAUAAAUGCAUAAAAAGAAACAAAGAAAAAGAUAAAUUAUGUUUACUCGUAAUUUUAUAAAUUGUAGUAAAAAACAUCGACAGCGUUUGUUGGUGAUUUUCGGAUACAAAAUAGACUCCAUUAAAUUAUUAAUAUUUUUCUCUUUAUCUCUUUUUCUUCUAUUUUUUAUACUCUGUCAACAAUUUUACUAAUACUUCAG